UACUGAUCAGUGGUCUUCGUCAUUAUGCUGUCACCUCGGGACGGAAAUCGUACUGUGCUGGACGGGGGACUUAAGGAUGGGGGACUCAUGUGCGCUUUACUCAUUAUAAAAUGAAUCAUAUCCCUCAAAAGCAUCGGGCCAGAGUCCGAAUAUUCCGCAGAGAGCCCUCUUUAUCCACCUUUCCGCGUUGCAUUUCGAGGGGGAUGCUACGCAUGACGCGCUCCCGAUGCAGUAGGACUGUCAACGCGCUCCUCGUCCAGGCGGUGGGCACGAAUAUCCGAAUGCGGUUUGAAUACGCUGCUCGUCAUGACACGGGGCGUGACCGUGAUAUAAUCACCCCGAUCGCGGAAGUUCGAAUUUUCGAGGGCCGGAGCUGCGACUGCGCCAAUCGCACAUCUUGUUACUGGCGGUCAGCUUCGACCGGCCUGCAGGCGUUUGGGCGAGCUGCUGCACGGCGAAGAAGCAGCGGCCCGUGGUAUGUAAACUCGCCGGCCGGGUUUAGCGUUGUCCUUGGCCCGUCCUCGAGCCUGCUCGAGCCCGAUUAUGGGCAGCACAAUGACAUAUGCACGACUGAUGCCUAUACUGACCCCAUUACGUCGCCCUACAGACGCGCGCAGCGCGACACCCUCUCCGGCGGUUCCCAGAAUAGCCGCGGACGACGGACUCCAUUUUUCAAUUCACGGUCAACGCGCUCGUGUAUAAAAGCCCUUGUUCUGCGGGACGGAGCGCAGUCUGCUUUUUUGCACCUCCCUUCCCCGCCGCGCCCAUUUGUGCUCGCCCUUGCCCGACACCGGCCUUUCAUCUCAUAUACAGUCUUUCACUGUUCGCGUAUCGCUCUUGUAUAUUGAUACGCCCCACGCAAACACUCACUCAAUCCACCGACUCUACUCAUCGCAAGCACCAUGUCGCGCACGGCCAUCUUUGCACUCUCGGCGCUCCUCGCCACCCUUGUUGCCCCCGCCCUCGGCAGCCCAGUCCCCGCGACGGGCUCGGAGAUGGCGAAGCGCGGCGACCACUCCGGCCAGGUAAGCUCCACCCCGGCGCGUGUCACAUCACCUCACGUUGCUGACUUC